CACCAAAAAUGACAACUCGCUUAAUUCGAACACACGGAUAACUCGAAGUUUUCUCGUGGUCCCGUCGAGUUCGAGUUAACGAAGUUCCACUGUACAUAAUUGCUAUUGUGACAUCAUUUAACUGUCAUUAAUUAUUGUUGUUAAGAACGAGACGAAAAUGACUUUUGAAAACGUUUUACUUAUUAAAUGUAGUGCUGAUAGAAAGUGAACAACUUUAAUUUUGAUAAAUUAUCAAAUGUCUUUUUCACACAAAACAUGUGAAUCAUAUAUUACUUUAAACGAACACAAGAUCACCUACUUAAGACACGAUUAAGGAUUAUGAUAUUAAUUUUUUAUUUUUCUUCAUAGUUUGUUUCAUAAUGCUUCAAUUGCAUCUACUGUUUACUUGUAACAUGCGACAUUAUUACAAGAAAAUAUCACUAUUUCGGUUAUCUAAUUUUGAAACUUUAUGUUUUUAGCCAACGCAGAUCUAGAUUAAAGUGUAGGAUCAGCUGCUCCUAAAUCUACACAAGACGAAACUGAAACAGAUCGCUUCAAAUGGUCACAUGAGGCCAUACUGCUGCUGAUUGACCAAAAACAGAGAUUCUCGGGCCUAUUUAGCACCAACACAAUAUCUCAAAAGCAGGCGUGAAAAAAAGUUGCUGCUGCAAUGCAGGAAAGAGGAUACUCCUGUUCACACGAGGAGUGCGACAGGAAAUUCAGGGGAAUGCGAAUGAGAUACAAGAUAAUCAAGCAAAGACACACUAGCACGGGCAACAACAGGAUUUCCUGGAACUAUUUCCAGGUAAUGGAUGAUAUGUUCCGUGGAGAUCCUGCUGUAACUCCUGUUACAUCCGUGUCAUCUCUUCAGCCGGAAAGGAGAGAAUCUGCGAGCACACAGCCUACUUCGUCUGCUUCUGCUUCGGCUACAGAACCUGUGAGGGAGGAUGAUGGUUGUGAUGAUGGUCUACCAACUAUCAACAUCCCAACUCGGCCCAAGGCGAAGAAGAGGCCGACAAAGGAUCUUGAGCCAGCAUGGCUAUCGGAUUAUCAGAAGAAUCUGAAGGAAAUGCACAACGAGAGAAUGGUGAUUGACAAACAGCGUUUGGAACUUGAGGAAAGGCGGGUAACAGCAUUAGAACAGCUUGUUAAAGUUCUGGGGAAAAAUGAAAAUGAUGAUAACUGAUAAGUUUCUCGUUCCAAACGCUGUUUGUCAAUCGUACAUCCCACCAUUACUCAAAUAAAAUAAAAAUGGUAUCUUGUCUCAGAUGUUGUUUAAUUUAUUGUAGACUGUGCAUGACCUGAAGCCUCUUUUCAUGUCCAGAUUUAUCCACGGCGCCAGUAUCACGUGCUACACUGCAGGUUCCAGGGGGACCAUCACCAUCAGCAGCAUCCAUGUCUAUGUCUUCAUCUGUGUAUCUUUCCCUCUGAAUAAUAAAAUUG